AUGUUAAGAUAUUCGAAUAGCGGACAUCUAACUCAUUUGUUAAAGCGUCCAGGCGUAGCUACCCUAACGAUAGUCCCACAAAGGAAUCUAUUUGUGUUACUGGAACAACAGAAAAAGCUCAGGCUCAAAUCACCAUCAUCAAAGAAACCAUCUACCAAGUACCCAACACCAAAGCAAGCUAUUUCAGAGGAACCUAUUCGAGAAGCAGAUACAAAUUUCAGAAAGCAGUUUAGUGAGUUGAAACACUUCACAUCUCAGAUUUCGGACAGAUUACAUGCUAAAGAUACCUUGGAUAUUCCCACCAAAUUACUUAACAAAGCAGCUGAGGAUAUCUAUGAGACAGCUAUUCGUAAAAAUGGCAAGGGGAUUGCAGAAUCAGAUUCCGAACUGGUUGCAGAAUCGGAUUCGAUGCUGGUUCUGCAAAUCCCUACUGCUAGUAUCACCGUCUCGGAAAAGCCAUUAAAGCUUGAUCCGAAGAUAGCUAACCGACUAGGACUUGCUGUGGAGUAUCUUGCCAGUAAUCAAGUUAAAAACUGGCCGAUGAUUCUUGAUCAAUUAGAAAAAGGAGGGGGGCUUAAAGGUUUAACUGCUAAAGAAAUUUUUAGAUUCAUACAAAAUAUACCUGCAAACCAAUUAGUGACACUUUUACCAGAUAUUGAAAAUAUGCAUCAAAGUGCCGGAGUUAAGAUAAGUCGAGGAACAUAUCGACUUUUCCUUCGUGCUUUAAUAACAGGGACCAAAGUAAAACCAAGCGUACUCAAAUUGUUCGAAUAUUACAUCCAUAAAAUGCAAAUGAUAGGUGAAUUAAGACCCGACGACUAUGGAUUCUUAAUAGAGGCUUAUUUCAAAGCUUCCAGACUAGAUAAAGUUGAACAAACAUUACGUGAAAUGAAAAAGAAGGAUAUUCCUUUGGGCAAACAACAUUACGAGUUGGUCAUGCGAGGUUAUGGUUUUAAUGAAAAGGAACAUUCAAAGGCGUUACAGAUAUUCGAUGGUAUGAAAUUCUUAUCUCAAGAGACUAAACCUGAUCAAGCACAAUAUAACGCUAUCAUAAGAUCAUGUGCUAUGAACGGAGAAAUCGAGAAGGCAUUAGAUUUAUACCAAGAAAUGCUCACAAAUAAUAUCCCUCCAGAUAUGCGCAUAAUAAGUACAUUGGCGGUUGGAUGUCUGAGAAGUCAAUAUUUGAAACCAAGAGCCUGGGAAUUCAUGUUUCAAAUCUAUGACAAUAAAUGGACUCCAGAUAUUCAAACCUAUACAGAAUUCAUAUAUCUUGCUGCUCAAGAUGGUGAUGUUGACAUGGCCAGAGCACUUUUCUAUAAAUUGUUGGAAACAAAAUUAGUUACCCCUUAUGCAUUAGGUCACUUGCUUUUAGCCUAUUCUAAAUUUAUCCCCUUAAAUGAAAGGAAAAAACCCUUUAAGAUUUUAGAUUUAGAGAGAGGAAAGAAUUUCAGAAGAAAUCUAGUGCUGGAAAUCGAUUUCACUAAACCAGUGCUUGACUUUGCAUUCUUACCUUACUCCAGUCUUAGUGAACCAUCUCACGUAUUAGCCGAAUCUAAUGCUUUAUGGGCCUAUAUAGUGCUGAGUGCUCCUGAUCUUAUUGGAUCCGAGUUAGUUGGUUCAUACUUGAACAUCGCGGCUAAUUUGGGUGACAUGGCGGAAUUCAAAGAUAGAUAUUAUUCAACAACAUAUUUCGAUAAAUCCGGACUUCCCAGAACUCGGGAAGUAGAAAUAAUCGAAGAAGAUUCUUCCACCCAGCAAAUCCAAUCAGAAGAAUCUCCACUUCCUUCGUCAUUGUCCGAAGAACAAUCCGAGAUUAAAUCGCCAUUCCUCAUUCAAUUGCAACAAUUGUCUCAGACUGACAGAUACAAAAUCCCUCGUGAAUCUAUGAAAUAUAUGAUCGCCGUAAAAGCAGCCGGAGCUAAUCAAGACCUCAAAUUCCUCAAUGAAAUCAUAAAGGAACGUGGUGAAUAUAGAAGAACAGAUGCCUACAAGGCAAUCAAACCUAAGGAGCAAAAGCGACUCGAUUUCGAGUUUGCCAAGUGUUUGGUCCAGGCAUAUACCAAGAUGAACUUAUUGGACGAUGCAUUGGGUGUGGUUGUCUCGAGUCGACAUAAUUUCAAUUGGAGCUGGAGACAACUUUCACCAUUGUCUACAGCAGCUUCAAAAAUUGGUAACAUAUGGAUGACAAAUACUUUAAGAGAUAUUGUCAGUGAAGGACAAAUUGCCCAUGGAGGGAAGGUUACCAAACAACAAUAUCAAGUAGCUUCUUUAAGAAACAAAGACCGUCGUAAAGUAUGGCGAAAUGUGUAA